GCGUAAACCUCUUCCAUCAAAUCAAAAAUCUUAAAAAGUUGGAAAUAUAGAAAUUGGAAUAAAUUGGGGGCCGAUACAUAAGUAAUAAAUUCGCAAGAGGCAUGCCCUUUUAUAAAUACCGAAACAGUGUUUGAAUUGACUUGCAAAUAAAACUUUUUAAAUGAAGAAAGUAGUACUGGUGACCGGCGCAUCCGGUUACCUAGGCGGGAGGCUUUGCCACGCGCUUCUCGACCAAGGCUACUCCGUCAAGGCCUUCGUCCGCAAAACCAGCGAUGUCUCCUCCUUGCCGCCGCCCUGCGACGGCGGAGAUGGCGCCGGCGGAUCUCUUCAGCUUGUCUACGGCGACGUCACCGACUAUCCGUCGCUCCUGGAAGCUUUCUCCGGCUGCCACGUCGUCUUCCACACUGCCGCUCUUGUCGAACCCUGGUUGCCUGAUCCCGCUAGAUUCAUCACGGUUAAUGUUGGAGGGUUGAGGAAUGUGUUGAAGGCGUAUAAGGAGACGGAGACGAUCGAGAAGAUCAUUUACACGUCGUCGUUUUUCGCGUUGGGAUCAACAGAUGGGUACAUUGCUGAUGAGACUCAAGUGCAUCCUGCUAAGCAUUUCUGUACUGAGUAUGAGAAGUCGAAGGCUAUAUCGGAUAAGAUUGCGUUGGAUGCUGCUGCGGAGGGGGCGCCGAUCGUGCCAGUGUAUCCUGGAGUUAUAUAUGGUCCAGGAAAAGUCACAACUGGAAAUAUAGUGGCUAACUUGCUUGUGGAACGCUUUAGUGGCCGGAUGCCGGGCUAUGUUGGCCAAGAGCAAGGGUUCUCUUUCUGUCACGUCGAUGAUGUAGUGCAGGGGCAUAUUGCUGCAAUGGCUAAAGGUCAGAAAGGUGAAAGGUAUCUUCUUACAGGAGAAAAUGCAUCCUUCAAAGAUGUUUAUGAUAUAGCAGCAGAGAUUACUCAGACAUCGAAGCCUCAGUUUCAGAUCCCACUUUUUCUUGUUGAUGUAUAUGGAUGGCUAUGCGUUCUCUUCUCCAGAAUAACCGGGAAGCUUCCCAUAAUCAGCCCCCCGAGCGUGGAUGUUCUAAGGCAUCAAUGGGCGUACAGUUGCGAGAAGGCGAAGAAAGAGCUGGAUUACAACCCGAGAAGUUUGAGAGAAGGUCUCUCAGAGAUGGUCCCUUGGUUAAAAAGCUUGGGCUUGAUCAAAUAUUAAGACACACUGUGUUAAGUCCCACUCAAGUUGUUGACAACACUAUGCUACUCAUAUUUUCUGAAAGAUCUAUUACAAAUCAAUGCAUCAGUAUCUGCUUUUGCAUAUUCAUAAUAAAGGAUAUACCUUCACUCUCAA